UACAAUUCACAUAAAAAAUGCAACCUAAAUCUAUCUGUUGCAGAAAGAAAAAAAAAAACAGAACAAACAGUGGAGGUUAAUGUGUUUCUGUAUGUAGUUGUUGCUUUGCCGACUUCGAUCAAUCCUAAAAAGCGAGUUUUCAAGUUCAGCAGGAUACCAAAACGUGUUUUUUUUCAACUCAAAGGCUUAACCCACUUCUUGUCUUGUCUGUUUUUGUAGUUUUCUUUCUUUCUUUCUUUCUUUUUUUUUCCAGUUUGAAAAACUUGAAAGCUACUAAAAUACAUUUUUAAUUAAUCAACUCUGUAAAACCUGCGCAAACAAGGUCUUUCUCCGUGCCCUUUAUCAAGAUUCAAGAAAAAAAGAUAUAUUUUUUGAAGAUCAGAGUUUGUAGCAUUUAAGAAGUUUGUGAUCUGAGUGCUGAGGGUAUAGGUGAAGAUCUUGUGGUGUUUGAUCCAGUAGAAGGUUUUCUGAGUUGCUAAUUGAGGAAAAUUGGGAUAUUAGAAUUGUGGAUUGAAGGGCCGAUAAAGUUGUUUGAUGGGAUCUCUAAACAUGGAGAAGAAGUGGGUAUUCCCACUGGUGAUAAGCUCUCUUGUGUGUAUAUUUCUUAUUGCAACUUCCUUCAACAUGGGUCUAAUCUCUUCGUUACACACGAUCAAUGCUAUCUUCUCGAUUUUCCCCUCUCAAUUCUCAGCAAACCAUACUGAUCCAACAUAUGCCGAAAUGAAGGUUAAACAGGCUCCACCGCCUCCUUCUGGCCCGACAAUUCCUCGAUUUGCUUAUUUGGUUUCUGGGUCAAAGGGUGAUCUGGAAAAGCUUUGGAGAACUCUUCAGGCGCUAUAUCAUCCAAGGAACCAAUAUGUUGUUCAUUUGGACCUUGAAGCCUCAAUCGAGGAAAGAUUGGAGCUUGCAUCGCGAGUGGAGAAAGAUCCCAUGUUUUCAAAGGUUGGGAAUGUCCACAUGAACAUCAAGGCUAAUAUGGUUACUUAUAGAGGACCAACUAUGGUUGCUAAUACGCUUCAUGCUUGUGCUAUUCUUCUCAAGAAAAGUAAGGACUGGGAUUGGUUUAUUAAUCUUAGUGCUUCAGAUUAUCCUCUUGUGACUCAAGACGAUCUUCUUUUCACAUUUUCAACUUUAAACCGGAAACUUAAUUUCAUUGAGCACACGAGCAGGCUUGGUUGGAAAGAGGAUAAACGAGCAAUGCCUUUGAUGAUUGACCCAGGACUUUACAUGUCGACUAAGUCAGAUAUAUUCUGGGUCACACCACGGAGAACUUUGCCGACAGCAUUUAAAUUAUUUACUGGGUCGGCAUGGAUGGUUCUUUCUCGUUCAUUCAUAGAAUAUUGCAUUUGGGGUUGGGAUAAUCUCCCAAGAACUUUGCUCAUGUACUACACAAACUUUGUCUCUUCUCCUGAAUCCUAUUUUCACACUGUCAUCUGCAACGUCCCAGAAUUUGCUGAUACUGUUGUCAAUCAUGACUUGCACUACAUUUCUUGGGACAAUCCCCCAAGACAACACCCACACGUUCUCUCACUUAACGACACUGAUAAGAUGAUUGCAAGCAAUGCUGCUUUUGCCCGGAAAUUCAAACAAGGUACUCGUGUCUUGUACAAGAUUGACAAAGAGUUACUUGGUCGGAAGAAUGGGACCUUCACCCCUGGUGCUUGGUGCUCUGGUGACUCCACUUGUUCAAAGCUUGGAGACCCAAACAAGAUCAAACCGGGUCCUGGAGCUGAAAGACUUCGCACCUUAAUUACUAGGCUUGUAACGGAAGCUAAACACGGUCAGAACCAGUGUAAGUAGAUCUCAUGACAGUUUGUUGCAGACAGAAAGAUUACUACCCAGAAUCUGGCCAACGGCUUUGAAAGUCAUAAAGGGAAGAAUUGUUGAUGGUGAAGUUACAUUUUCGCCUCAUUUUUGUUAGAGUCUGAGUAUGUUAGUACAUCAGAAAAAAAUGUACCCAAAAGAAUUGAGAUGGAUGGGAUCAAAUACUGUUCCUGAUCAUCCAUUCUUUUGUUAGGCCGUCCACGAUUAUACAACUCGGAAAGCUUUCCGCAGUUAUUUUUUCCCACGUCUCAUUGUUAAUAAAUUUUUUUCACUCCCAAAUAAUUAGAUAUAGUACGGAUUUCAACUUGGAAACUAUUUCUGUUGUGUGACAGUUCAAGUAAUGCAGCCUGGUACUAAUAAGAUCAA